GUCAAAGCUAGACAACACUUGAAGACCAAGUUUCGUAUAUUCAUAUUUCCAAACAUAUUUCUUACAACGCUGUAAUUCUUAGCACAUUGGAAAUUCUAAAGCAGUAGUACACUCAUUAUCGGGUUUUUCUUCAGAUUGUUUGAUUUGAAGGGCAUUGAGGUCGGAAAAUAAACUUGGAUAUUUUCUAUCAACUUGACCUUACAGCAUGGGAAGAUGGCGCGACUGGAUAUUUACGCGACCGACAGAGUGAAAGAAUUUUUUCAGUUGUUUCUCGUUUUACAAACAAUUCAACACUGUACAGUUUAUGGAAGCACAGUGGAAAGUCACAACCAAGCAUUCAUCCAAACAGACAAGCAUCUUACAUACAUUGUAGGAGAUAAUUAUAUAAAUUCUGGAGUUCCUUUAGAAAUAAAACCUGGUUCUUCUUUUCCAGAUUUAACAUUGCAAGAUGAUAAUUUUUUCUCCAACAACAUACGGCUGGACCCUCCCAUGCUUGAUUUUCAAGACCAGCCAGUGGGUAUGCCGCGUAUGGAGAAGGUCAUAGUUCAAAACAAUGAUCCAAAACAUAGCCUGCAUCUUUUAUCCAUAUCUGGGAGUACAGUUCAUUUUCAUUGCUCAUUUUUUCAAGACAAAAUUGUCCCACCUGGGGGAAACACCAGUUUUGAUGUGGUUUUUCUGGCCCGCCAGGUGGGCAAUGUGGAAAACACAUUAUUCAUUCAUACCUCCAUAGGGUCCAUACGAUAUCAGGUUUUUGGGGUUGGCAUCCCGAAUCCGUAUCGUUUGCGACCCUACCUGGGUGCACGGGUGCCCAUCAAUAGCAGCUUUACACCCGUCAUACAGAUGCAUAAUCCAUACAGCACCAGCCUACAGGUGCUGGAGAUGUUUGCGAGUGAGGGAGAUUUACACUUGGAGCUGCCAUCUGGUGAGAGAGAGGCUUCACAAGAGUUAUGGGAGUUAAAGCCAUUUGAGACCAAGGCUGUCAUGAAAGCCAGUUUUGUGGCCAGGGUAGAGAGCAACCAUUCUGCCUUUAUCCGUAUCAAGACCAACAAAGAGGAGCAGAGGGAUGGGGCAUCGGAACUUCUCAUUCUUCCGUUUGAAAUUGAAGUUUCGUCAGAUCCAGGCAUAUACUCUCCUGUGGAACUGUUAGAUUUUGGCAUCUUACGCACCCUGGAUGAACCAAAAACUUUACGCCUCAAUCUCAUCAACACAGGGCCAAAAGCAAUCCACAUAACAAGUGUAAAUGUUUCUCCUCCAAACAACGCUGUGAGUGUGGAUUUCCGUCCAUUCAAAUUGCAGCCAGAUGGUAGUAGGCCCACCACAGUAGCCCACAUCACAUUCAGAGCGGUGAAAGCUUUACAGUCAAAACAGUGGUCAGGAAAAAUAGUGAUAAAAACAAAAAAUAACAUUCAGAGAUUGGUCAUUCCAUACCAAGCCAAUGUUCUUCAUGGGUCACUGGUAUACAAUGUGAACACCACACACUUUUUCAGCGCCAAAGCUUUGUGGAAUGUGACUCGACCCAUGGCAUUCACCAACACCUUUAAUUUCUCCGUGGUCAUCUACAAUGUCAGCUUACCGUCAGAGGUCUCCUCGUACUUUACUAUCGUGAACUUUAGCAAGCCUGUGAUACUGCAGCCCCAGCAGAGCCUGGCUGCCUUCCUGCUCAAGUUCCACCCAAACCUCACACAGAUCCACUUCAGCACGGUGCUCACAGUGAGCACCAAUGCCUCCACCUUCAGCAUUCCCAUCAUAGUUUACAACGGCCUCAUGAAAGUUAUACACCAUCGACCAGAAAAGUUUGAAGGCCAGUUGGAUUUUGGUACACUAGGUGUCGGGGAGACCAGAAGCAUGAUAUUCACCAUCCGCAAUGAUAAUCCAGUGGAUAUUGUGGUAGCUCGAUUUGAAACCAAUAUGACAUGGGCUUCAGUGGAAAUCUUAGGAAUGGAGAAAGGGAAUGGAACCACACUCACCCGCAAGCAUAAUCAGUCAGAGAUUAACACAGACCCUUUAUAUAUCAAGCCUUAUCACUAUGCAGUGUUCAAUGUAAGCAUUGUUGCACCUGGAGAAGAAGGGGCAUAUGUAGCAGAUAUUUGGAUGUUCACGCAGUUUCAGGAUCUUUUUAUACCCAUCACUUUCCGGGCCGCCGAAGGCAGCCUCCAUGCCAUUCCAGACAAGUUUAUCUUUGAAAAAGUUUAUCCGGGUCGGGUACCGUUCAAGGUACUCCAGAUUCACAGCACUUUUGAUGAUUACAUGGAGGUGACCCAGGUCACCUUUCAGCCAGCAGAUACUCGCUUUUAUUUUGUACCUCAGAAUAGCAACACUGUGCUAUUGCAGCCUCAUGAACAUAGCAUUGUCGGCAAAAUUUAUUUCAAUGCGAAAUCAGAUUGCAAAGACGAUUGCUAUGUUGGAUUACCGACUUUGUCCCCUGCUGGUCACCAGUGGCUGUUGGGCAUGUCUUUAGACAAAGAUGUGGCCGACACGGACCAGUACCUCUAUACCAAACUACAACAGAAGUGGGAACGACUGGAGAGCUUGCAGCAGAACAUAGCCAACGUUACCAUUGAGUUGGAUACCAACCAGGUGCGAGGUUUUUUAUUCUCGGCACAGGCUCACCUCCAGUGGCCGUCGCUGAUCAAAAAGUCACGCAUCAAGUACCCUCUUACUCAGAUUGGAAACUUGACUGUAUCAGACUUUAUUGUGGAGAACCCGGGCGACGAGCCUGUGCUGGUGCAAGUUCUCCCUCUCUCCCUGUACCCAAACCCUCACACCAUACUCGAUCUCAUGAGUCACAGACUCGCAGAAGAUCUCACUGAAUAUGUCGAUACCGAAGACAGCAGUGCAUUUUUGCUGUAUGACUUGGAGCUCAUUGGGAAGGGUGGCGGCACGGCGUCGGCCAACAACCUAGCCCAGCACCGCAAGACGGUGGAGAGCACCCUCGGGGUCAUCCCCCACAAGCACACCCUGGCAGCCUUGUUGCAGCCAGGCACCAAGAUCAAGGUCAAGGUCGGCUUCCAGCCCAAAGAUGACCUUGCCAGAUCUUCCCUGAUUGUGAUCAGAAACAACCUGACCAUAAUAGAUGCUGUUGUGGUUCAAGGCCAAGGUCGCAAAGGUGAAAUGAGAUUCAACAACAAGAAGCCAGGGUCGCACUCUGCGCUGACCUUUGAGAUGACUGAGAAACAUCUCAAGAAUUGUGAUACAUCUGAAAAGAAAGCCAACAAGAAUAUCAUGCCAAACUUCACAGUGCGGCGCCCAUUCACUCUGAGAAAUUCAGGAGAGCUGCCAUUCUAUAUCCACGGUUUCAGCAUCAACGACCUACCCUGCGAAGGAUAUGGGUUCAAAGUGCUGGACUGCUCAGGAUUUGAAAUGCCUCCUAAUUCAAGUCGGAAGAUAAACAUUGCGUUUACCCCCGACUUCACAAUGUCACAGAUCCAGCGCUCGCUGACCAUUCACACGAGCCUGGGGCCUCCAGCAGCAGCGGCCAACUAUUCCCUUCAGGCCAUGGUGCCAUACGACCUCUUGUCCCAGUGCUCGGCAGCCCUGCCUCGGCCCAGCUGGGAGCCAUUGCUCUAUUACUUUGUGGUCUGCCUCAUGGCUUUCAUCGUCUGCUGCAUCCUGGUUUUGGCCUAUUUCGAGUCAGACAGGGUCAUGGCAGAGUACAUCCGGCGCAAACUCAAGGUCAGCAACGGCACCCAGACUUUCGAAAAGGGCAAGGUCUUUGACCUUCGCUCCAUUACUGGGCUGGCGGCAGGCGGCGUGGCUUCGACAAGUCAAGCAAAUGCAGCUGCUGUAAAAGCUGGAUUUUCCGCUCCAAACCAGUGCGCUAAUGGAAGACCUGCAGGUGAUAUGAAUGGCCAUGCCUCAGAACUGAGAGAUUCGGGCGGACUAGAUAAUCACCUGAACCACAGCAACAACAUUCAGAAGGCUUCAGCAGCUACCCUGGCUGCCAUGUCUGCAACCACCAGCACUUCCUCUACCAACGGCAGCAGAAACCGGCGUACCUUCCUCGGCAGCCUAAUCAAAAUGAUAAAGUCCAUGUCUUUGGUUAAGUAUUUCAACUCAUCCAAGAAAGCCCCACCUCCUCAACAAGAAAAACCUGUUUUAAAAGAAGCGGGCACCUCGCUUCCGACCCCGGUACAGAGGGUCUCUUCAGCACCGUCCAGUAAAACUCCCCCUGCCCUAGACGCAUCUUCAAACACGAUGGUCGCGGGCAGCUCGACAACCACAGCUUCCUCCUCAUCCCAGGAGUCGACAGCUGUGCUCUCCGAGAAAUCCAUUCCCAACAAUUCUAACCACUUUUCCAACCGUGGCCGGAAAGGCCGGCUUAACCACAGGCGCCAGAUCGUGGUGGAGGCCUCGGGCGACACCAGCAGCAGUGGUGGUGGAGGCAGCGCCAGCACCGACCACAGUUCUCGCAAGCUGAAGGAGAACAAAGACCCGGCACCACCUGCAGAGGCCGUGGCAAAGAAGAGCAGCACGGCCAUGAUGGACGAUUUUGAUGACAUCCCGAUGAGCAAGUUCACCAGCUCAGCCCUGGACCCCUCUGAUGACCUGGAGGAGCUGGACAUAAAGCUCGAGACAAAAUCUGGCAAACAUAGAGGUGGUGCCAAGCGCAACAAAUCUAAGAAUAAGCCAGAAAGCAAGGACAGACUACUCUUCCGCAGGGAGAGCAACUUACCCGAUGAUGCUGACGACGUCUCGUCCACUACCACAGAGUCCUCUGGUGGAGAUGUGGAGGAUAAGAGUUCCGUCGGCAAUGACACCACUCCCGAAAUUACAACAACCACAACCACUACCAAUGGCCGAAAAUGGCGAAAGAACGGUCACAAGCAUACAGAACGCUUAGUAGUAGCCACGCAUGGCGGAGACAUUAUUGAUGAUGAUUCAAACUUUGAAGUCACCUCCAAGUCCAAAGCCCACCGCAAGAUUCGAGUGAACAAGGAGACUUUUGGAGGGGACAUCAUGAGGCCCAGUACCAUUGAGCUGCCCUACUGCCUGCCCACGGAGAAGGAGCGCGCAGAGAGUGAUUCUCACAAACGGCCCAAAAGAUCAAAGAAACCGGCUCAGAAAGGUGACUCCCCAGUUGCAUCAUUCCCCUCGUUGGCUGACGGCGCCACGGAUGGCUCAUCUGACACGGGCAGAGAGUCUCCACCCCCAAUCUGGGAUGAGCCCGUUCAGUUUGAUCAUGAGUUCAUGCCCGGUGACCUCAGUGAGCUGUCCAUACAGACGGAGACGUUUGCUCAGAAGCAUAACCGUGUUGCUGGUGGGACCGGGGGUUCUAACUCUGUCAAUGCGUCAACCGCAUCAAGCCUCAACAGCACCUCCUCCCCAUCUGCUCUGAGCGGGUUUGGGUCGGGUUCAGUUCUGGGCUCUUCAACUUUUGGCUUCACCCCGGACCGCUUGUCGUACGCACCGGGCAGUGGUGUCAGCAGCCGCAGCAACUCCAGCUACAGCAGCAUCGUGAGCAGCAGCACAAACAUGACCUCGGCCCCAACAACGCCACCGCCCGAAUCCCUCAACCCCCGUGGAUCCUCCUCCUCCUCUGCUGCCAUGAGUCUGGGUUCGGGUCCAAUGCUCCCUGGUGCGAGUGGCACGGCUCCAGCCUCCCAGGCCACCAGUGUGGUUGGCAGCCCGCUGGACGUCCACAACUCACGGUACGCUUCGGCCGGGUUCAGACCCUUCUCGGAGAACGGGCUGCCGGGCAUUGUUCCUGGGCUGGCCCCCGCCCAGAGCAGCCCUCCCUCCACCUGGGCCUCGGGUCUGCCUCCUUCUACGUCAGGGGACGCCAGCUAUGGCCUGCAUUCUAUCUCUGAGAGUGGAGGUCCCUCUGGCUUUGGCAUGUCUGGACACAGAGGAUUGGACGGGUACGGCUAUGGAAGUCCAGGCGAGGUUCCUCCAUCUAUGUACUCGAUGUACCAGGGCUCGGCACAGGACGGCCUGAGCAGCCAGCCUCCUCAGCAGCAGUUGACCAUCAUGCAGCAGCUGCAGGUGGAGAGAAGACGUCGCCUGUGGGAACAUCAGCAGAAGGUCAACAAAGGUGAGCUGUGGCCUGGGUUCGACACCCCUCUGAUCCGCCACGACAGCCUGUGGGACAACGACUGCAACCCUAUGGAGCACAACUCCUGGUCUACCAACACGGACAACGUCACCAGCCCCAACGGCUUCUGGAGCACGCUGACCAAUUCUGCGUCAAGCGGCUGGUCGUCUCUGCAGUCUCUGGCCAACAUCUGGGGCAGCCCUCCGCAACAGGACCCGUCUGCUGGACAUGGCAACUUCAACCAGGGCUCUGGCUCCCCUCAGGCCAACCAGCAGCCGCUGGUUGGCGGAGCAGCCCCACCGCCAUUCAACCCCUUCACGUCAAUGGCGGACAUCUGGAGCCCCACCUCGGCCACUGGAAGCCUCGGAGGCAUGGGAGGCGUGUCCUCCACCAGCACCAGCUGCGCCAUGCCCGGUGGAGGCCUGGGUGGCAUGGGGGGGUCUCCCCCUCUGUCCUCCUCCCCCAGCCCAGGGGCCCCGGGGAGUCUCGGAGGCAGCCCCACCUCGGCCCAGUGGAACCCCAUGACCCCAUCCCCCUCCGCCCCCGGCACCCCGCCCAUCUCUAAAGAGCAGCAGCAGCAAUAGAACGUGAACCUAAGUAAUGUGUGAACUAGGGGGAAACAGGAAGAAAAAUAGUACAUUGUUGAGAUGAGCAAAUAUCAGUGUGUACAUUGUUCAUAGUGAUGUUAUUUUUUAUUUGGUUUUUUUUUUUGUUUUUAUGGUUUGUCAAACUAUUCAGAUGCAUCCUUUUUUUAUGUCAGUCCCUUCACUACAGAAAUUUAGGAAAAAUAAUAUUUUGGUUUGUCCAAUAGACCACAAGUUGAAGUGUGGAGUGAAGAAACGGAUCUUUAUAAUCACCACCUUGGCUAAUCUGGUUAAAAAAACUCUUCAUUCUUCAUGGUUUGCAUUCUUCGUUUCCCAAUUUGGUCAAUAGCUAGCCAUCAUUUUCACUGAAAUAAAAUCUAAAAAGCUGAUUUGACCUACAAUCACAAAUAGAUCUUCUAGGUUAUUAGAUUCAAAUUGCAGUGCUUUUAGGUUGACAGUCGAGUUUUCCUAUGCAGAUUUUUUUAAUGCAGCUUAACUGUCUCUGUGUCUGAUUAUUCAUUCUUGAGCAACAUUGUCCCUUCCAACAGUUUUAUUGUUCUGUUUUGUCUUCAAGGUCAGAGAUGAUUGUUUAUUUCAUAUGUUCUAAGCAGUUACUUUUGGAAGACUUAAGUCAGAUGAAGCUCGAAGUCAUUUGACUUUUUAAGUUCAUACACAUCAGUGUACUAAGUAUGUAUUGGAUGAGAUUGUCAUGUUGGAAUGUUGCAUAACAUGAAGCGGCUGUGAUAAUAAUUUUAUGUCCAUUUUCUUUUCAAUAUCUCGUGAGAAUGGUGAGAGUAUGAGUUGAUGAAUGUCCUUCAUGCAAGCGAUUAUAGUGCUUGAAGUGCGUCGUAGAUAGAUUUGUGCUUUUUGCUACCCAGAAAUAUUCAUGCACGGGCAGUGCAGAUUUUUUCUUUCACUUUCAAAUUUAAUUCUUGAUUUUGUAAAAGGACAGAACUUGCGUAUGUGCUUCAGUUCCAUCAAAGGGUUUCCCCACAUUCGUCCUUACUUUUCGUCGCUGGUCACGUGGCACUUCUGUUGUAACCCCAUCAACCCCCAAUUAUUCACCCCUACUAUCGAACUUCUUUCAUAGCCUUUUCCUCAUGUGUCAUUUCACUGCACUUUUACUUUGUUUUAUUCACACACACCAUAUAUCUUUUUUUUUUAGAACAUGUGAGUUGCCUCAAGUACUGUUUUAUUACGUCAGAAAAGUGAAAGUCAACAUAUAUUUUCUUUGUGCUCUGCCCCAUAAAAGAUUUUCAGUAACAUUAUUUGUUCAUGAGUUUACUUGAGUUUGUGCCUCAUCAGUUUUCUAUUUCUGUAAUUGGCAGAAAGAUUGUGGACAGAAACUGAAGGUGCCUAAUGAAAUUGGGAAAUAGAUUUUGUUUCUUUUACUUCAAUGCCUGUGUUGAAGGCAAUUGUGUGAGCUGAGCCUUUACAUUCUGAAACCUAAACAGAAGGAAAAAAUAGUGGCUUGCUUUCCUUGCAUUAUGGACCGAUAAGGAAAUUUCAGAUCUGUUUGUGUCUCUGGUCUCAUUUUAGGGGUCCUGUAUAUAGAUAAUCUUGUUCAAGAGUUACAUAUCAAAAGUUCCGCCUUGAAUGGUUUUGCGAUGGUGUUAGCAGCAAUGGAUUUGGCUUACGCGGCGAGCUGUGGGUAGUUUGUUAUUGUUCAUGUUGUGCCUGUAAAGCUUGUUCAUCCCACCGUCUGUGACUCUGUUGUUGUUGCUGGGGGAGCUUCUCUCCCACGCUUUCCUUGUGUAAAUCAGCUCUCUGUAUGGCAUCGCUACUGUCUCAGUUGAAUACCCUCUGUGAAUUGAUCGAGACAAUCCUCAAUGCUUUAAGUCUUGCUAAGUCUGUUUUUGUUUGGGGGGGUCAUUGUUUGUUUUUUUUACGAUGGUUUCGUUGAUGUGAUAUUUUUCAAGUGCUUAAUCCAUCUUGCGAUGUUAGUCUCACUUGCCUCUUAAUAUUUACUCACAGAUGGGUUUGUGUGAAGGAGCACCAUGUUCGCUGGUCUCUGUUAAUAAUAAUUUUUUUUUAAAUUAUCAAUCACUCAAUCUGUACAUUUUCUCUUGAAGUCGACCGACCAUAAAGUUAAAGAAGUACCUGAUACUGUUGGUCACAAAUUUUUAUCAAAUAUUCAAGAAUUUUCGUCAAUUAAAUGAGAAAUCAUUUAGGUCUUCAUGCAGCUUUAGAACAAAUUAGAAGAAAUGGUUUUGAUAUCCUUAUUCAAUGUGUGUCAAGAGAAAAUAUACGGAGCAUUUAAUCUUUCCACUGGCAUACCCUUGCCUUGUUUCUUGGCUUUAAGGUUUAAUUACUGUCCACCUAAUGCAGAUGCAGAUCUCUGCUUUUUUUAACUCUCCGCCACAUGUAUCAUUCUUAGAUACUCUAUGUUUUAUCAGAGGUGCCGAAUUUUGGUUGAAUUCAGAAAUAUGGAUUCCUAAGAUUGUGGAAUUUGCCCAACUUCAGGCCAAUCACUGAAAAAUUGUUGCACUUUAUGUAAAAACAAUCUUAAUAUAAAAUGUAUAGGACAAACUGAUCCAUAAAUUUUUAGUCCCUGUGCAUGUGUUUCGGGAGGCCGAAAAGUUGAGGAUAUUUUUGUUUCCCCAUAAUCAGUUGGCACCUCUGGUUUAUUUUUGGGGGCUUUUUUUUCUCUUAUUGUGCCCCUCCUUACAUCGUGCUCGUCAUGUAAAUAUUUUGAUAUUCUUGCGCAUCCAGUAGAGCAUGUUGACCUGUGCUAGUGCUUCAAAUGUAUUUGAUGUUUUGCAUUUAAGUAGUCCGGUCUUCAAAAUGGAGUUAGUAACACGUAACACGUUACACACUGAUAUUUGCUCUCCAAAUCAUUUAAAAUAAAUCAGUUUGAUCAGGCGAAAUUGCUUUCUACUGAAAGUAUUGGGUUGUGAGAACAUUUAGUAAUUCUUAGUUGCAGCAAAUACAACUGAGAAAGGUAGUGAUUUCACAUUUCCUCAGGAGGGGGGAAUGUAUUUGAUUGAGAAACACGGUUAUAUCUGUGUUAUGCAGUUUCUAGUUUGAAAAGAGACAUUGGGUUCAUAGUGAAGAUGUUUCCCCAAGUUCACUGGGGUUUUCGUUCUUGUGCUUGCUCUUCCCAGUACCCCACCACAUCCAACCCACCCCAUCCCCACCCCACACCUUGGAUUUCUUGUCUCCCGGAAGAGAUGGAAACCCCUGACUGUUCAAGACUCACACAGGAGGCAUCCACACCCAUCGGUUCCUGAGCAGCGUUGCAAGGAUGGGCUGUAGAACCUCCAGAUGACUCAAAAAUACCAAAUGUGACGUGAUCCUGUUCUGAGAAUGCACCACUCUACAAAGGCUGGGUUUUCUCUGACAGGUGCAUUUACCAAAUAUGACAAAUAUUCUCCCAGAUUGUACACAUGACUCACUAACUGCGACAUUACGUACCUUGAUUUUAACUAUUAAUAGGGGUGCCACUUUUCUGGAUGUUUCUGAAACUACUGCAACAAUCGCAUCAAAGCUUUGAGUUGAACAACAGAUGUUUCAAACUCUUUAAGAAUCUUUAAUGGCGACUUAUUUGCAUGUUUGUAUAAGACGUCGACCAUGUUUUUUAAAAAGAACUGCAAAUCCUGUCAGUUUUUGGAAAUCCUUCUAGACUUUGCUGGCACCCCUAAAUAUCCGUACUGAUACUAAGAUUAUUUUUAUUUUGACCUGUACUCAUUCUGUUAGAAUGUGAGUUGACUUUGUAUAGCUGUGACCAGUCAGCAAGCAAUACAAGACAACUGCUGAGCUGCCCUUUAGCUGAAUUGUGGAUUGUCCACCUUUGUUGAGAUUCCCCUUAGCCUGUGCAGCCAAACUAGUCUUUUUUUUUCCAUAACACCCAGCUUUGAUUACAGCAUCGUGGGGGAUACCACGUAAAGGAAUGGUAGUGCCCUAAAAGUACGAGUAGUGUUUUUUUUAGAGAUUGUUUCAACGGCAUAGAAACCACUAGCGUUUGAGUGAUGGCUUUGAGAAAAAUCUUGAUAUUUGUCUUUUCCAAAUAAUAAGAAGUGAAAUUAGUUGCCUCCAGAGCCCAAAUUGCUCAAGACACAGUCCCAUUGUAGACUUGGGCAUUGAAAAGUUAUGUCAACGUUAAGUAUGCUUUACUCCAGGUUUUGCAAGGAAAGUCAUAAGGGCUGUACCUAAAUAGAACUGUUCCCCAAUAUAGAGAGAGAUAAUAGGAUGGGAACUUGAAUCCCAUAAGCAAAGUAUUUCAUCAACCUCUCUGCCUAUGUAUUCUACCUUUAGGACCUCUGCAUUAUCUUUGCUUGCUUCGAAAUAUGUGCUAGGAUGGUUUUGUUUAAAUUUAAAUCUUACUGGCAUGGUGUCUUCUAUUUUGUUUUUGUUUGGUUUUUUCCUAAAAGUAUUUCUGUGCUUUUGAAGUGUAGUCUUUCCAGGUGUAGGCUUCUUUGUAGUUCUUGAUUGAGUCAUUAGAUAGAUAAAGUGGACUGGUGUGCUGCUUCCUUUGCUCAACACAUAUGUUGACAUCUCCUCUUUCUGCCAAUUAUGGGGUAGGGUUGAGUUGAUAGUGCUAUGGAACAUUACAGGAAUGUCUUUACCAGAGAUCAGUUAUAUCGCUUAUAUUGAUUGGGUUGCCGCUCUUCUUUUUAAACAAUGUUGGAGUUUAAAACCGUUACUUGACACUGUCUGAGAACUCGUCUUCAGUUUCAAAGGUGUUUUUUUUUUUUAGGGGGAUGCGAGUUCUUACUAGUACCUAGGUUCUUUUGUGAGAGCAAAUGAAUUUAUUAGGGUCAAGUUGGCUAAUCUUUCAGGUUUUCCAGUCUUCAUAAAAAUGAAAUCAGUUGGGCUUGUUUCUGUGCACACUGGCAGAUUCCUAGCAUCAGAAUGUUAAAACCUAAUGUUGUCGUCUUUUGCCUGAGAGACAUUUUGAAAUUUUAAAAGGAAUACAGGUGUCAUAUAAUAUUGGGUUUGUCAAUUAAGUAGAAGAAAUUACACCAAGGAAUACUGAUGCAAGAAGUUUCCGGUUUUACCUUCAGAGUGGGUUCCUCACCUGUGGAUCUCAUUUUAUUAAAACAACUGAUAAACUUACUCAGUAGUAUGAUGUGUCAGUUUGAUCUUCAAGUAGAAUUCUAAACCUGUCAUGUAUACUAGAUAUUGAUAAUAAUUGUUCGUUUUAAAAGCUUUUUCUUUUCAAUAGAAAAAGUCCAACACAGUUUUACCAGUUGUUUUUUUUUAAGCUGCCAUCUAGUUUGGUCAUGUCAUGUGAAUGUAACAGCAGGCUUAAGUCUACUGCUUUCAUUGUUUUGGGUGGGUUUUUUUACCACAGAGGUCAUAUAGAAAUGGAGAAGGUACAAGUUAAGUAAACAAAAUGACUUGUUUAACAACAAUAAAAAUCACAGUGAUAACUCCAUCUGAUAGAAUAUUCAGAAGGUUUUCAUUGCUCAAGUCUAUGAUUAUUGUCUGCUGGCUGAAGCUUGGUCUCUCCUCAGCAUAUCUUCUGCGUGUAAUUCCUGGCCUGGGAAGAUCCAGUGCUCAGUUUUUCUGCCAUUAACAUUAUACCGGUUGCCAAGAGAUACAUAGGAACACUCAUACUCAAUCUUUAGCAAGGUUUGCUUCACGUAAAAUUAUAUUAGUUUUGCUUUACCUUUUUUCCCUCUUUGAAAUUACUGAAGAUCACAUUUUCGUUUUUAAUAUCGUUUAGUAGCUUUAUGUGAAAUUUGAAGGGGUGAAAAGUAAGAACCAAAAUAAAUCAUUACUAUGACUCUCUUCUUUUUGUUCCGCUCGGAAUUUGUUUUUCAGUUGUGUUUUUUCCCCCAUUUUUAUACAAUGAUAUGAGACCUUUUUUUCUCUCUCCAAUACAUUGAUUUUACGUCUUUAGGGUUCAGAAUCAAAUAUUUUGGUUUGGAACCUGAAAGAUUAAAGCGUGAAUAUCCAAGUUUCUGCUGCAUUGUGUGUUUUAUCUUAUGACACAUACAAAAUAAAAUGAACUGUUUUUAAUGCAC